AUGGACACCACUUUCUUCCUUUUCCUCCUCCUUGGCUCCGCCGCCGUCAUCACCACCGCCACGGCCAAGACCAUCGAUUCCACUAAGACAUUCCAAGAGCAUGAAUCAAUGCUCCAAACCCUCAGAAGCCGCGGCUAUACUCUCUUCAGCAACGCAAUUACGACCACCGACCUCCAGUACCAACUCCUCACCACCACCGCCGCUGAUGAUGUUAACAGCACAACGUCGUUUACUCUCUUCUGUCCCAAGGACUCCCAACUCUUCGCCCUCGACAUGGCCUCCGACGCCAACAUCUACAUCAGCACCCUCCACUACCACGUCAUCCCCCACCGCCGCCUCACUUUUGCCGAGCUGCGGAACCUCUCCACCUCUUUUCUUGAUACCCUCCUCCCUCACUACUCAGUCUUGAUUGGGAAAACUCAAAACGAUAGUGUGAUUUCGAAUAAUGGGAGUACUGGAGUAAUGGUGGAUGGGGUUCGGAUCUCAGACCCGGAUCUUUUUGUUGGAUCGAGAACUGUGGUGCACGGGAUUGAUGACAUUCUAGUGACUGGUUUAAACAAGUAUUCUGAAGAUCUCGGAGAAGAAGAAAUCAAUAACAACGGCUUGGGUUCUGCUACGCCGGCUGCCACUGCAGGGUAUUCUCCUGAGGAGUUUCUUGCUCCGAUGGCCCAAUUUGAUUCGAAUGUUCCGGUUCCGCCUCCAAAUACAAAUCUUGCUUCAAUUCCUCAGUUUGAAUCAAGUAGUCCAGUGGCUUCGGAUGAGGAGACUCUUGCACUUCUCGCUCAAUUGGCUUGGAAUAUUCCAGUUGAGGAGCCGGCGUUAUCGCCCGUGAAGAAGGGUAACGAGAAGAGUACCAAGAAGGGGAACAGAAGGAAGAAUCGGCACCGAGAUCAUCAUUUUGAUGAUCUGUAG